AGCAGGGACGUCCACUUGAACAUACGUCACGUCGUACCGUGACGUAGCACGCACAACAGGCUGUGCGUUGCCGACGCACUUUAUUUCCUUAAAACAAAUAUAGAAGAUCUGUGACAUACGAGGAACAGACAAGAGAGCAAAAGGAAGUGUGAUGUGAGUGAGGAAAUGAGUAAGUGUCAGCUAUGGUUCAGCUGCAGCUCUGCAGCCUGGAGCAUCUGAUGAGCUCAGGGUACGGCCGUCCUUAUCCACGACACGGCCUCCAGCUCCUGUUCUGGUUUGCCAACAACUGUGUAACCUUUGAACAGGUUGGGCUUGUACUUAUUAUAAGGCUGGUGUCAGACUGUCAACCAGAGAAAGGUUCCUAUGGCUUCCACUGGUUCGGUAAUGCAGAGCAACUUCUUCCUGUGAUGAGCAGGCCCAGAAGGUCCAACAGCAAGAAACAGACUAUGUACUUUGAAGUUGGAAACCUGAACACAGAAACCUAUCCAGGUUCUGCUGACCUCCCAAAAUACGUGAGCGAAAAUUACAGCUCAGAUGGUUAUCGAGGUAUUUCCAACACAGACCGCAUCAUCAUCAGUUACCAGGUGAGGUCCAGACUGGUGGAGGCUGUGUACAUCACUGAACAUGAUGGAUCUGGUUCUGGGAGGUUCAGCUUUGAGAAGACAUACCAGAUCAGCACUGCACUGAUCCAAGCCCUGCAGAGCACCCUGUUGGAUAUCACCACCUUUCUCACCCAGAUGGGCUACUAUGCACAAACAGGGGAAUGCCAGAGCUAUAAUACAGUGGAUGUAAUCUACCCAGACCUGUCAGGUCAUCAAACGCUGCAGCCUUACACUUUGUACACUGCCGGGACAAAUCAAAAUUAUGACCUGGCCUUCUUCUCAGAAACCUUCCAGCAGCAGGCGUCUGGCUACAACCAGCACACACACUACAUCACCCAGGACAACAGCCAACAGCUAGCUGCCUUUAGAGAAAUGCAGGCUCAGUUCAGGACAGCGCGUUAUUCCCUGCAUGGAUGGUACAAGCCCUGUGAAGGUUUUGAUGAAAAAGCCAAGAAAGGGAAAGGAGGCGGUGGCUUCAGCUGGGUCCAGCUCCUCCUCGGUGCUGGAGCGCUGUACCUGGCUGUCCAAUGUUUCCGUUGGCUGAGGAGCUGGUGCGAGCAUGGCUUCAAUCAGAAUGUUCUUAAGAGGACUUCGUGGACGUCUCCCUGCUUUAAGCAGACACAUGUCAUGCUGGAUUAUGUCUACUAGGAUACAGAGAGUUGGUUGUGAUAAUAUUCUGAAAACUCACACAUUCAUUCAUUCAUUCAUUCAUUCAUUCAUUCAUUCAUUCAUUCAUUCAUUCAUUCAUUCAUUCAUUCAUUCAUUCAUUCUUUUACAGUUUUUAUUGAUGACUUUCCUGCAGCCAUUCAAUGAAACUCCAUAUUGUCUAAACAGUUUACACACGGGCCCAAACAGCUGCUCCGUUGUUAAAAUGACAAGUUUUGUUUGCAAAAAGCUCUAACUGCGUUAAAACAUUAUGAAUUAUGAAAAAAUAUGCAACAAGAGCUAAUUUUGCCUUCAAACAACACAACUUGCAAAUAAGAUAACACAACACAAUAUUAAUAACACAAUGCAGCUAGCUACUUGCUAACUUGCUCGCUAAUAAAUCAAAAUCAAAAACUUUGAUCCUCCCGUCUGAACAAAAACCGCUCAACAGCUCCCCUACUGACUCUCCUGGUAAAUCAUCCGAGCCGUGAUCUACCUUACGGAUCGGUGACGGCGACCUACUGCACCUAUUCACCAGUAGGUAGGUGGCCACCUACCGGCCCAUAUAUAUGGGCUGAUAACCACUGAUAAUGACCAUUGAAUGGCGUGAUAACGGCCGAAGUGGCUCCAAUUAGUGCAUCAUUGAUCGUCACUGUAGCCUUUUGCUAUUUGUUGUCUUUGUAGUUUAUGUCAAAUUUACCUUUUUGCAAAGAAUUGGAUGCAGAUGAAGAAAUGUUUUGAUGCAUGUUUUAUUCAAUCCAUGACAUACAUUUUUCAAAGUGCAGCAACCUGAAAUAUUGUAAAUAUUACAGAAAAUACAAAUAAAACCAACAUACAAACAAACCUA